AUGCGUCUCAACGCUGGCUGGACCUACCUUCUGUUAUGCCUUGUCGCUACCACCGCUAUUUCUGCAGCACCUAUUGGUGAAGGCUCAUCCUCACAAAGUAACUCUAAGCCUGGUCUUACGAUCACGGUCGGAGAUGGGACAAAAGGAGUUCCAGUCUCUCAUUCUUGGCGAAUGAAGGUCCUCUCCCAUCAGGCACUUGAGGAUUGGGGUGUUAAGGAUGGAAAGACUAUCUCGAUUCGAUUUACCAACAGCAUAUACCAAGAAGGGGUUGAGAAAGGUGCUGGGUCCAAGGCUUCCCCGGUGCAUUUCAAGCUGAAGGGCAAUAUCGCGGAAUGCCCUGAAGAGAAACCAUGCGAUGGAAUGCUUGAGAUUCAAAGUUCUAUGCACUUUGAGGGAAGUGUUGAAUCGUAUGCAACAGGGAAGAAGCAUAUUGCGAAGACACGAUAA